CCUCCAUCUUCCCCCAUCCCCCGUCUCAGACACCCAUCUCCCCUCCGUCUUUUUAGUUCAUCAGAGCAGUGGUGCUUACCAUUCCUUCGCAAUGGCCGCUCAGCAAGAUAAGUCCUUCAUGGGCAUGCCGGGCUUCGUCGUCGAUUUCUUGAUGGGUGGUAUCUCUGCCGCCGUCUCGAAAACCGCUGCUGCUCCCAUCGAGCGUGUCAAGCUCCUCAUCCAGAACCAGGAUGAGAUGCUGAAGUCCGGUCGUCUCGACCGCAAGUACGAUGGCAUUGUGGAGUGCUUCCGCCGAACCACCGCCCAGGAGGGUAUCGUCUCUCUAUGGAGAGGUAACACCGCCAACGUCAUCCGUUAUUUCCCUACCCAGGCCCUGAACUUCGCCUUCCGCGACACCUACAAGUCCAUGUUCGCCUACAAGAAGGAGCGUGACGGAUACGCUAAGUGGAUGAUGGGUAACUUGGCCUCCGGUGGUGCUGCCGGUGCGACUUCGCUCCUCUUCGUCUACUCCCUCGACUACGCCCGUACCCGUCUUGCCAACGAUGCUAAGAACGCCAAGAAGGGCGGUGACCGUCAAUUCAACGGCCUGGUGGACGUCUACAAGAAGACCCUCGCUUCUGAUGGUAUUGCCGGUCUCUACCGUGGUUUCAUGCCCUCCGUUCUCGGCAUAGUCGUCUACCGUGGUCUGUACUUCGGCAUGUACGACUCCCUGAAGCCCGUCAUCCUCGUUGGUCCUCUUGAGGGCAACUUCCUCGCCUCGUUCUUGCUCGGUUGGUCUGUCACCACUGGUGCUGGUAUCGCCUCCUACCCUCUAGACACCAUCCGUCGUCGCAUGAUGAUGACCUCCGGUGAGGCCGUCAAGUACAAGUCUUCCCUCGAUGCCGGUCGCCAGAUCAUCGCCGCUGAGGGUGUCAAGUCUCUCUUCAAGGGUGCCGGUGCUAACAUUCUCCGUGGUGUCGCCGGUGCCGGUGUGCUCUCCAUCUACGACCAGGCCCAGCUCCUCAUGUUCGGCAAGAAGUUCAAGGGUGGAUCUGGUUAAACAGCUGUCUGAGACGUAGGAGGGGAGAUGGCGACCGUGGUUGUGUCGCGGUGGUAGACUGGAUAGAGCAAUAACAAGCCCGCGAAGGCGGAAUAUUGUUCUGGUUACGAAAGCACGAUGCGGUCAUGGGAAGACGGGUUGAGCUUCUACUUUUCCUAAUAUCCCAGCCUCUGUACUUUACUGCCUGGCAAUUUUUCACCCCCAUCACACUGUACUACUCCUGGCUUGCAUGGUUGAUCAACUCCUCUUCCAUUUGCUUUAUUCCUGUUGUUCUUGCGGUUGACUGGCUGCGCGGUUGGGUUUCCUGGUGUCGGUUGGGGCUCAACAUGUUGAUAGAUGUUGCGAUUUUCUCCGGCAAGGGGUUCAACGGUCUGCGGCUCUGGUCGAUCAAAAUAACUAGCAUAGAUUGUUUGGUUUCCCCU